AAUCCAAGAUGUACACUUGUUGAAUUUUUCACUCAUUUUGAGACUGCAAUGGAUAUUCAAAGGCAUGAGCAUAGGAGGAAUGAUCAUGAUACAAGGUAUAUUGAGUCUAAGCCCUGGAGUGACUUUGUAUUGGAGAAACAAGCAUCAGAAAUAUACACCAAAACAAUUUUUAAGGAUAUUCAGAUUGAAAUUGAUGCUGCCAUUACAAAGUGUAUGUCAAAGUCUCUUGAUAUUGUGGGUGAUGUUCAAUAUUUUGAAAUAAAGGAUUUCAGACAGCCAUGCACAUCUUUUUUGAAGGUGCAAUACAGCAAACAAGAAGAUGGAUUAACAAUAAGUUGUUCUUGCAAACGGUUUGAACAAUUUGGUAUAUUAUGCCGGCAUAUAUUUUACGUUUUACGGUAUGAUGAUAUAAAUGAGUUUCCUAGAAGAUAUGUUCAUAGAAGAUGGAUGAGAGAUGUUGUUUCUGUUGGAUCAAAUCAUUCAAAUAUUCGGUUUGAUGAAAUUGGUAGGAAUAGUGAAAUUGAUAAAGUUUAUAGAGAAAUCGUUGUUGCAAAUGAGUAUGUGGUUAAUAGGCUGGUUGGCGAUAUAGAUGAGUUGUGUCGUUACAGGGAUCAUAUUAAAAGUUAUAUUGAUAAAGCGGAUGAGGUUAUGGUUGCUGCGCCGCCUCCUAGUCGCAAAGAAAGAUUUGCUGAAAUUGGAGGGAACAUAGAAAAAUCAGAUUCUAUUAUUCGUGUGCCGAUCAAAACAAGGACCAAAGGAUGCGGUGUACAAAAAAGGAUCAAGUCAAAUCGUGAGAUUGCAAUUCAGAAAUCAUCAAAGAUCCAGAAAUCGUGCCGUGUAUGUGGUGAAAAAGGACAUAACAGUCGCACAUGUAAAGAUAAGGUUUCUUCUAAUGCUAUAGGUUCUAGCAAUGCAAUGUAAUUAUGUAUAGAAAUUCUGACAAAAUCAGAUAUCAAUAAGUAAAAAAAAAUUUGUCAUUGCGUUUUA